AUGGCGAAGAAGACCUAUGAUCUGCUCUUUAAGCUGCUCUUGAUCGGUGAUUCUGGGGUGGGAAAGACCUGCGUGUUGUUCCGAUUUUCAGACGACGCCUUUAACACCACCUUCAUCUCCACUAUAGGAAUCGAUUUUAAGAUCAAAACAGUUGAAUUGCAAGGAAAGAAGAUAAAGCUACAGAUAUGGGAUACAGCGGGGCAGGAACGGUUUCACACCAUCACUACCUCUUACUACAGAGGGGCCAUGGGAAUCAUGCUCGUAUAUGACAUCACCAACGCCAAGAGCUUCGAAAACAUCAGCAAAUGGCUCAGAAAUAUUGAUGAGCAUGCUAACGAGGAUGUGGAGAGGAUGCUGCUAGGCAACAAGUGUGACAUGGAGGACAAACGUGUCGUACCAAAAGCCAAGGGGGAACAGAUCGCAAGAGAACACGGGAUUCGCUUCUUCGAGACGAGUGCAAAAGCCAACAUCAGCAUCGAGAAGGCGUUCCUCACAUUAGCAGAAGACAUUCUCAGAAAGACGCCCGUAAAGGAGCCCAACAGUGAAAACGUGGACAUCAGCACUGGAGGCGGAGUCACAGGAUGGAAGACCAAGUGCUGCAGUUGAACAGACACACACAGUUGCUCACACACACACACACACACACACACACACACACACUGGUCCUCUCCUCUCUGCUUGACCCACUAACUCAACCCAACACGCCCGAGUGGAACCAUCCGGAUUCAACCUGUGUGCUCAGAAGAGAAUGGCAUUAUAUAUUUGUUUUGUUUUUAAAUUGAGUUUUGUUUUUUUCAGAAUGUCUUGUUUUAUGAAUCUCCUCUGUUUUUUUUUUGGUUUUCCUUCACUCAGUUACUCAUUCUCUCCUGCAUGCUGGUUUCUUUGGGUUUUUUGGGGUCUUUUGUAAGUUUUGCCAUGUUUGUAAUUCACAUGAAGUAUAUCUUCUAGUCCAGACACGUGUCAGGGAGGGGAGCGUUCUCUUUGGAAAUUCAAACGAUUUUGCAGAUCCAUUAAAAAUAAGCUUGUGUAAGUUA